AACUUCCCACAAUUCCUUGUAGAAAGCUUCAAAAUGGCGGACACCGUGGAAUUUUGUCAAUUACUGUGAAAUGAGGAUAAACUAUGAUUAGAGGUCGGAAGGUUACAGAUCCUGUAGUACAGGGGGCUUCAGGAUCCUAUGAUACAAAACCUGGAUUGACAAAGGCUUGGGACACAGUGAACAGAGCAAAGACAGAGUUGCAUAGAGCGGAACAACGUUUAGAGGAGGCAGAACGACACAGCCUGCCAACACAGCUGAACCAGACAGGGGAGACAAACAUCACAGAUUACGGUGGGCUUGGUAUGAACAGAGACCGCAAUGAGACAUUCAGUUUACCAGAUGAUUACACUGCAGGGGUUGUUGUAGAUAACUAUGGGAGGUCAGCAUACCUAAAGUCCAAAACACAGGCUGCCAGAAAAGUCAGUAGAUUAGAUGACAAGUAUGUUGAAGAAGUAGAUGAAAAAGAACGCCGUAAAAAAUCUUCAUCGUCAAAGUCUCAUGAAAACCAUGUCAGCAAAUCCAGCAAGAAAAAGCAAGGUAGUUUACAGCUACAGGAGAAGAAAUAUGAAAGAGAGGCCCACAGAGGUCACAAAACAGGUCAUAUUGUAAGAAGCGCCAGUGACAGACAUGUAGAAUUUUCAGAUCAUGUCCGCUAUAGAGAAAAUCAUGUUGGAUUAGAUAAUGGCUAUACGACUUCAAACUUUCAUGAUAAUUUAACAAGUGACCAAUCUACAUUGACUAAUUCAAGAGAUAUUCGAGAAACAGAAAUCAAUUUUCUUAACAAUAAUUUAACGAGAGACUAUGAUUCACAUCGAGGUUACAAUGCUGGUACCCAUUUGACGCAUGUCAGUGUGACUGUCCCUGGUUCAACAAAAACAACAACAACUGGAUACACUAGUUCUGGCACACACAAAUCUGGAUCAAAUAAAAAAUCUCACUUCCUAGACCUCGUGUCUGAAAGUCCAGAAAUGGAUGGACGGACAACCGAUUGUUCCCAGUCAGACAGUGAGUCUAGCAAAGGUCGCCGAUUCAAAGGAAAUAUAAAACACAUUGGUCCAGAUGGGUUGGCAAAGAUCAAGGAGACUAUUCGUAAACAGCAGAGCAAGUCUUCCAGUCAGUCUCGAGAAAACAAUGAAGACUUGAUUGGUGCUGCUGGAGGGGAUCCAGCAGAGUCUGCCGCCCCCUCACAUCGUCUCCUUCAUGAUGCCAGCGAGCCCAUCGUGCACAAAUCACAGGAUCUUAUUGAAGGUUCAGAAAAGACGGCAAAAGUUCGUAAAAUAGCUGCUGGUCCAGCUGCACCAUCUUAUAAAGGGUUUAGUGAAGCUGAAGUUAAAUACAGAAUAGUAGAAAACAAAGGAUCCAAGGCUCAAGAUGGUGGUCGCAAAGACAAAAAACGUCAAGUGAGCAUCAAAGUACAGGACAAGAGAAUAGAACCUCUUGGUACUUGGUUAAGUGUAGAAGAAGAAGGAAAAACUAAGAAGGUAACAAGAGUUAUUGCCCCUAGUAGAAAACCUGCCAAACAACAGCCACAACCCAAAAAUAAAGAAAUAAUUACCACGUCAUCAUGGAGAGCUGGCCAGGAGCUUGUAUUGAGAGAACUGGGUCCUAUGAAAAAGAAACCAAGUAGAAGCAAGGAGAACAUAGACUUCUAUCAUAAUGAGGUAGGCAGUCUGACCGAGGAGCGCCCAGAGACACAAGGUGGGGAGGAUUAUCUCCGUGGUGGUGUUGGCAGCGCCACUGCUGCAGAGAUUCAGCAUCACAAGGCCCUGUCAGAAGAGGCACGGAAAGUUUACAGUGACCUUCACCUUGAUAUUGAAGAAAGUCGCACAAGGUCAAGCGAAAGAGAAAAGAAAUGGAAAGCUCCUGUGAAACGAAAAGCUCCAAAAACUACAGAAAUUGAAAGUCAACAACAGCCAUGUGCCAAACAGCGACAUUAUGAUCAAGAACAGAUACGUAAAUACAUGCAAAGACAGAAAGCUGAGCGGGUACGGCAAAAGAAGGAGGAAGAAAUUCGUAUGAAAGAGGAAGAAGAAGCUCGUAAACGUCAACUGGAGGAACUGUAUAACAAACAGAAACAUGUCUCACAAACCUCAGCUGCAGUAGGAAAGAAAGAGAAAAAUCGACAGCGCCAGAAUUUCGAGUCAAUGCAAGGAAUAUCACUGAGUGAUUUGCCAAAACAUCAUCCAUACCAUACUGAUAGAGCAAGAUUUCUCGGUUCUGAUCCUGAGAACAAGGAGAAUCAUGAGGACGAGGAUAUGGAAAUCAGUGACAGUAGCUCCACUAUAACAGGAGAUGGUUCUGAUGAUAAUACACCUAAUGGCUCUCCUAGAAGGACUAAAAUGAAUGUGGAUGCUCCUAGUAAUACAAGACAGACAUUUAGUAAUAAAGAAGUGUUAAAAGUGAAUAAAACUAAUACGAACUCGCAACCUAGAGUUGACAAUGAGUCGUCAAAUAUUAGAACUUUCGGUGAUUUUACUUUUGAUAUUGGCGGAGUUACGAAUAAGUUUUCACAAGCCUUACAAGCAAAGUUGAAUGAGGAGCCCCCAUCGCUAGCCGGGGCUUACGGAAGUAUGAAUAACAAAGAGCAUUAUUUAAGUGAUAGGAACAGACAGAAUGACGGAUUACCGCGAAGUCGUGCAGACAGAAUUCAGGCUAUCAAAGACACUGCGGCAACUUUACAAAAUAGAUUAAAGGAAGAAGCAAGAAAAAUACAAGCUCAAGCCUCAAGUACAAAUAAAAAUGAAAAUGGUGCUACUUCACGUCCUACUGUAAGAUGGAACGAUGAUGCUUCACGUAGGGACCGGGAGGAAGAAUUUUUGUCUCGAUAUGAUCGGGUAACGGCAGCCAACGAUGACUUCAAAGUCUUUAAAACAAAUCUUCCAGGUUCUCAGCCACAAACGUGGCAGACAGAAGUGGCGACCUCAGUGUCGAACCAGCCCAAGUUAGCCUCAGGUACAUUGACCAAUGAUAUUGGAGAAGACACAACGAUAACAGAGACCUCCACAUUUAGUGAGAUUACAUUAACAGAUGAUUCAGAGGAUGAAGACCUACCGGGCAGAAAAAUUGGUACAGGUCUUCGAAAGUCAGAUUUUCAUGCAGGAAGUUCUGGUCAGACAAGUGCCAAUAAAGCCACCUCUCAACUCAAUAUUCCUCGCCCCACCCACCCUGCUACAAACAAGGCCAGUAAUGCUUGGGAUGACUCUCAGCCUGAUGAAUUUAAUGUGUUCAGUAUUUAUUCCCGCAGACAAGAAAGAAUGAUCAGACCUGGUAGGGAGCCAAUGUCCAAAAAGAAAGCUUCAGAGCCAGAAGUUCAAGCUAGCCAUGCCCAGGCUCAGUCAGCAGGUCCUGCAGUGACAAAAUCUAGUGCACCACAACAUAAAUCUGCUCCAGUGGCAGGUAGAAGGUCACCAGGACUGGUUGGCAGGCGUGCCGAGAGCCCCUAUAGUCAGAAUUCAGAAUCUCUACGCACACAGAGUCCUGUUGAAAGGACAAGAUCAAAACAGUCAAAAUCCGCCAUGAAGUCUGUAGACCAUUAUGAAGAGGAAGAAGGGGAGGACACUCUUGGGGAAGAAUCUUACACACAAUCUUUCGAAAGUGAGGAUAAGACGACGACCCGAGGUAAAAGUGUGUCAGAAAAACAUGUUCACAGCCAUAGAAGCUUGCCAGCAACCUCAGUAAAAACAGCAACAAACAUUUCAGAUAGAGUAUCUCCAGAAAUGGAGUCUAGUAUGGAAGAGGAAAUAUCGCAGGAUGAGGCGACACCUAGAGCAGAGAGAAUGUCUGAUUCUGAGUCAGCAGGACCUCCGAGACUUUCGCCGAACUCCCUUGAGCGGAGAUUCUACACGGAAUUUCAUAACCUGGAAAGUAUGGAGUUGUCUUUGAAACAGCUUACGUCUGUAGACAGGACACGGGCUGUAUCUAUGGCACAGCAGGAAACUGUCUCACUUGCUCAGAUGUUGAAGGCUAAGCAGCAAGGAUAUGACCAGCAGUUGAAGGAGAUCCAGUUAAAGGCUCAGUUAGAAGCAACAGAAGCAACUAAACAGUUAGAAGAUGCUAGGAAACGUGCGUCAGAGGCCGCUAUUAAUGCAGCUGAUAUGAUUGCCAAGGUCCGAGGAGAGGGUGUUUCAGCCAUUCAGGACUCAACCAGAAAGCUGAUAGACACUCAGACACAGGCAGCCAAAGCCACCGCAGAGGCUGCCAAGUUCCUGUCUGAGGCUCGCGCCCUCGGCCUCCAGGACACAAACACCCUGGCUGUUGAGACUGCAACCGCUGCCGCAGCAUCAGCAGUGAACACAGCUUUAGAUAAGAAAUGGCAAGGUGGUAAAUCGAAGAAUAAAGCAAGUAAAUCGACGAAGCGUAGAUCUGACGAGGCACAAGAUCAUGAUGACUCAGAGAGUGUUGGUUCUGUAGAUGAUUUCAGUAUUAAUGAAUCAAUGACAGAAGACGAGAGAGAAGAGAAAUCGUUCCGUCUUAUUUUGCCAUCAGAAAGUCAUAGAAAGAAAGGCAAACAUGUACACUCUGAUAAUGAAUCUGUCGCAUCAGAAGCAUCUUCAACAAGGCUUUUGGAUCAUGAUAUCCAUACACUGUUCAAGGAAGGGUCGUUUGACAAAUUUACUGAAGAUAUGGUUCGGCAGUUUAUGAAAGAAGAAGCAUUACAGGCCCAACAUCAGCAAUCGUUAUUGAAGUUAAGAGAAAAUGCUCUGAUGGAAAAAACGAAAGCUGAGCUACAGUGGUUAGAACAACAGCGACAGAGAAUCCGAAAUAAAGGUGCGGACGAUUCGUACCCACAGAUCAAAAAACGACAGCGCGGCCUCAAGAUGAAGUUACAAGAGCAGCAGGAAGAAAUUCGUAGAAUUAGGGAAGAGAAUAAAGCUGCUGCAAAGGAAAGACAACGAAAACUGUAUGAGGAGAUAACAAAACGACAAGCAUCUCAGAACAAGUCAAAUGCUACACCAAGAGGCAGACUAGGACGACCAAAGGAGGUUCACACAGAAGCUGAAGUUAGCUCAAUUGAUGAAGCAUCUGACGCAGAGAAACAGAGGAAAGAUUAUAAAUCUGAUUCUGAGAUCUACACUGAACCGAAGAUCAGUGGACGACGUUCUAAACAAGAUCCUGAAAAAUACAAGAAGAUUCAUCUAGAUGAAAGGUACCUGACACAGAGACAGUCACAGCUGAUGGAUAGACGUAAAAAUGCUGAAGAGUUACUCAAGUGGAAGACAAUGUUAGACAAGGAGGAACACAGAGUAUUUAAGCUGGAGAAACAAGCAUUAAAGGUGUGGGAACAUAAAGAUAAGGAUGGAAAGAAGGAGAAAGAACCCUCACAGAGAGUUUCCAAGGAGGAAACAGAGAAACCUUCAAGUAAAAAAGAUAAUGGAACUACUAAAGAUUCUACAAUAAAAACUGUGUCCAUGUCUCAGGACCGUGAUAGCACUGUUAUUUCUGAAAACAUCACAACGGCACGUGAUGAAUCACUUUACACGAGCAUCAAAGAGGAUAUAAAGACGGCAAGCCUAGAGAGUUCACCAGAGGAGGUCCAUCGGCGUAUGAUGAACGACAAGUCAAACAUCAAGAACCAUAACCGAAGCGGCAGUGAAAGCUCUGUAAUGGAGGAUAUACAAUCUAUGUCCAGUGCUGAUGAUUCUAAAAAGAUGAAUGAUUCCAGUGAUGACACAAUGACCCAUAGCUACGGUAACGAGACAUUUGAUGAUACAGCAACUGCUACAGCCUCAAAAAAGACUAGCAAGAGCCAAACAACAUCCAAAUCUCCUCUAGAGAAGCUCAAGAAAUACAGGGGUUUAUCAUCACCAGGGAGGUCUCCAAGAGGUCUGUUCAGCUCAAGAAGUCAUUCCAGAAAUUCUGAGAGUGAAUCAGAAGAUUCAAUCUCACUUAAUGAAUCACAGUCAGAAUUGAGCGACUUUGAAGGCAGGAUUAGGGCAUUAAAUGAGGAACUGCGGAAAAGAAAAACUGAAGCUGAUAAAUUGAAGAGAGAAAGAAAGAAGAAGAAAAAAGAGCUAAUGAAAAACAAAGAAGAAACUUUGAAGAAACAGAUUGAGGCCUAUGAUAACCAGAUAGCGCAACUAAAGGUGGAUCUUCAGAAGGAGAUGACACAUGAGCCAGCAAAAUCUUCUGUCCGUCCGCAGAUCAAACAGCCCAAAGUGAGCCCAUCAAAGACCAUAAAGACACCCACAAAACAACGCCCUGACACAGACAGCAGUGGUCCCGACUCUACUCAGAUUUCACCAAACAUUCCUGAUGAUAAAGACCAGAAACAGAUUUCACCAAAGACGCCAACCACACCUAGCAAGGCAGCUAAAUCACAUUUAGACAAAAUCUCUGAAGGCAGUGAAACCCCAACAACAACACGUUCAGACAAAUCUGAUCUCUCCUACCAGGAGAAGUUACAGAGCAUAAAGGAGAAAUUCAGUAGCGAAAUUUCAUCAGCUGUUGAUGACAAAACUGACGAGAUUGAAGAAGACAUAAUAUCUGCUGAGUCAGAGCCUUCUGAUGGCAAGUCUAAGGAAAUUAAAAUUGAUCUAAACAUCAAAGAGGACAUUUAUGAUGUGUCAGUGUCAUACACAGAAGACUUUGUUACAGAACCAAACACUAUGACACAUAUUGAGAAGCUUCCACUAAGUGCCAGAUCUCAAAGUCAAAUAUCCGAGGACAUUGAAUCAAGAAAUGUGCCACAAUCUGCGCGAUCUGUUACUGAACAAAUUUCUGAACAAAUAUCUGAAAAUCUGCCUUCUGUUUCUGCUUCAGAAUCAUUUAUUAAACAACUUGACCUUAAAACUCAAGGUAAAGACUCUGGUGAUAUAUUUGCCAAGGACAGACUUGAGAAGGAAAAUGAUAGUGAAGGUGAGAUUUCUCAGAGGUCUUCAGUUGUUGAAUCCUCUAGACCUUCAAGUGGUAGGAGCGAAAGAUCAUCUGUGAUAUCAGAUCAAACUGAACAUGAGUCUUCAGAGUCGGAAAAGUCUCCUGUAAUUCAGUCUGAAGGUAAAGUGCCUAAGUUUAAUGAUGAAAUUAGUGAACCAUCUAAGAAGAAAGGAUCUGGCCUUAUUUCGAGUAAUGUGUUUGAUAUUGAUGACUUAAUUGACUUUGAUAAUGAGGACAUGACACCUGUUGCCUCACCUAGAGGUACACCUCCAGAAACUUCAAGACAUGACAGUGAAAGUAGGCAUUCAGACUUUUUUACCCCGCUUGGUGAUUUUGAAAUAGGGGACAAAGUUUCGGUAACAGGUCCUAGUGGUGAGAGAGUGAAUGGGACAUUAUUGUUUAAGGGUAACGUACAGUUUGCACCAGGUGUAUGGGCUGGUGUGGAACUUGAUAAUCCUGAAGGACGGCAUAAUGGAAUAGAAGAUGGUGUUAGAUAUUUCACAUGUAGAGAGAAACAUGGUUUAAUUGUUCCAGCUCAUGAUGUAAUAGCUGUUCCUGAGGAAGGUGAGGAGAAGGGACAGAUACUGGACAAUGUGGAUGUUAGGUCAAGUGUUGAAAGUGUGAAGAGUAUUAAUACAGAAGAUGGGGACUUACUCAAGUUUAUCAGUGAAGCUGACAGAAAUGUUCAGAUGUUUGACGAGUCACCUCAGGCUUCUCCAAGAGAGCCUGAAAAAGAACAGAAAGCUGGCUCAAAGUCUAGAAAAGAAAUUUUAGCUGACAAAAUAACAAAUGACCUGUUUGAAUCUGUGGUAAGAGAGAAUGUCAACACGAUCAGCAAAAUUGCAGAUAAAAAACAAGCUAGUAAAAAGAAAGGUCCGCCAGUUGCACCUAAACCUGCAAAAACACAACAUGUAGAAGAUGCUCAGACUAACGGAGACAUUGAUGAUCUGGAAGAUUUUCUUCACCACUCUGAACAAGGCCCUGAUGAAUUUCCAGCACAACAAAAUGAACAUACCAUUGAUGACAGUACUGAUGUUACAGUAAACAAUAUGAUGAAUGAUGCAAUUGAGCAUAUGUUGACCAUCAGGAGAAAUAAUCGUCAGUCUCAGGAUGUUAAUCAGUCAAGAGAUAGUGGCAUCAUAGAGCCUGAUGAGGACCAGAAUGAAAGUCCACCUUCCCCAACAGAUGAAAUUCAGGGUGUGCUAGACAAGGCAGAUGAUGAUAUGCAUCUGGAGGCUCCUCUCAGACCUGGAUCUCCUGUACCUGGCUUGCAGACAGAUAAGGAGGGUCACAAGCCAGUCACAGAUAGUGGAUUGUUUGAAGGAGACUUUGAAGAUGAUUUAUGGGUGCCUCCAAAUAAAUCCCCACCCGCUUACACUGGUGCUGAAAAUGAUCUGAGAUCUGAUGUUCCUAGAUCAGACUUGAAGAAGUUUGCUGAAGAGGUGUUUUAUGCUGUGCCUCAUGAGGAGAAAGAAAUUGACUCUAUUGUUUCCAGUGCAGUAGAUGAAUUCUGGGAACAGAGAAGGUAUGGCGAGCCAUUAACCGAUCUCCAACCUUCAGAAGCAUUUUAUACACAUGAAGAGAUCGGCUCAGACUUGAUAAGUAACAGUAGACGUGUGUUCAAAAAACUUUUAUUUGAUUUAUCAGGAGAAAUUAUUAGAAACAUUUAUAAAGAGGAGGAAUACGAUUCACCAGUGGCAUGGCACAAACCGAAACGGAAAACUAAUAAGUUUUAUAAGGGUGCCCAACCUCCAAGAACUGUAGACGUGCUAAAACCGGCGGUGCAAGAGGCUGUCAUUGACAUUUUAGGAUUGAAUGGGGCCAAAAAAUCCUCUGAAAAGACUAAAUGGGGUAUUCGUAAAAAGAAGGACCUUGUAGACACUAUUUUGGUGCAAGAGUUACGUGAGGAGGAACCAGAAUGGGUCAAUUAUGAUGACGAUGAGUUAGCAGUGAAAAUGCAACUUACAGAAACUAUAUUUAAUGAUUUAUUGACAGAUACUGUGCAAACAAUGAACAGAAUUUUUCGCAAGAAACAAAGUUUGCAGCAGCAGAAAUAGGCAGCUAUAUUGAUCUGAAUUAAACAAAAGCUUUAAUGAUCUGAAUAAUACAGAUGCUUGAUCUGAAUAUACAGCAGCUUCAGUGAUCUGAGGUUUUGGAGGCUUUCAUCUGAUUUAAAUAUAAAGCUUUUAUAAGCAGUUAUCAAAGCUUGGCAUUAUAGGAUGGAAACUUUAUUUCCAGUACUUUUGCAUUUGAAAUAUAGUGGAUUUUAUUUAUUUUUGUACUCUAAAUAUUCACUCAUCCUUUAGCUAGAUGACAUUGCUCAUUAUAUCAGUGUUAGAUUAUUUGGAAUUUAGUCAUUUUUUAACAUCGGAGUGAUGGAUGAACGAUUACAAAAAUUUGUUAUUUGUAACAGUGGAUAUGGAAAACUCUGUUUAGUUUUGGUUCCCAGAAAACCAUUUAGUGUUUAGGUGAUUACUUUCAUCUGAGUUUGAAGUUCAGACUUGAGAUGUUUGUUCUAUAUUCGCUGUGAUCUGAAACUUGGUUGCUAUGCAUAUGAUGUAGCAAUUGGCAUUUUAGAUGACUAAGAAAACAAACAGAAAGAUAAAAACUGAAAA